AUGGUACGCCCGCAGAAAGAAGAGGCAAACGAGCGCAUGUCUGAUGCCGUGACUGAAAGCCUACUCGAUGGCCACUCAAGAACGAGUCGUUACUACAAUUUAGAAAGAAAUUCCUGCUGGGGAUUUUCUUGUGGACAGCAACUGUGUAGGGCCCUGCACCUAAUCCUUCUAUCAACUUUGAUCGCCUUCCUCAUCGCCUAUAUUGUCAUUCUUCAACACGACCACCUUGUCCACCAGCUCCGCGCCCCGGGCCCAGUUCUCUCCCCUCCACAGCUUUCCUCGUCGACCUUACCCCAUACUGGGCACUUACCAAGGCCAUCCGCACACUGGACCGACUGCGGCAGUUCCCCCGAGGAAGCCAUCUCCAAGGGCUGUCGCUACGACGUGAUUCUCGUCGCCUGGGUACCAGCGGACUGCUUCGACGAGGAGCUGAUGGAGAGCUACCUCGCUGAGGUCGAGUAUCCCUUUUGGCUCGACCGCGCGAUGCAGCAACCAACAACUCUGACGGAGGUCCGCCGCGGCAUUCACCCGGUGGUUUUCUCGAACCAGGAGUUCCACAUGGCGCACUGCGCGUAUUUCCUCGAGAUGUCCAUUCGCGGGUUCCGGCAGCGGCGCGUCUGGGAUAACACCACGCUGGACAUGGAGCACAUGCGGCAUUGCGCGCGCACCGUCCGUGACCAUUGGCUGCCUGAGAUGGGGUAUUCGCCGCUUCAUAUGGUGUGGCAUUCGUGCGGAAGACCGGAGGAGUGA